CCGAUCCACUCUUCUUGUCUCCAACAAAGCUCCUCUGACGAUCAAAAUGGGUGUCGUAGAAAAGAUCAAGGAGAUCGAGGAGGAGAUGGCGAGGACCCAGAAGAACAAGGCGACCGAAUACCAUCUGGGUCUUCUCAAGGCUAAGCUCGCUCGGUAUCGAGCGCAGCUUUUGGAGCCACCCACGAAAUCAGGGGGUGCUGGUGUAGGGUUCGAUGUGCAAAAGUCAGGGGAUGCUCGAGUUGCUUUGAUUGGCUUUCCAUCGGUCGGGAAGUCCACACUUCUCGGUAAAGUCACCCACACGGCCUCGGAAGCUGCUGCCUACGAAUUUACAACUUUGACCGCCAUUCCGGGAGUGCUAACAUACGAUGGGGCGCGGAUACAGCUUCUAGAUCUACCAGGAAUCGUGGAGGGUGCGAGUCAAGGCCGUGGUCGUGGUCGACAGGUCGUAUCUACAGCUAAGACGGCUGACCUUAUCCUGAUUAUGCUGGACGCAACCAAGUCUGAGGAACAACGGCGAUUACUCGAGAUCGAACUGGACGCAGUCGGCAUCAGGUUGAACAAGCAAAGGCCGGACGUAGUGUUCAAACGAAAAACUACCGGAGGGAUCACGUUGACUGCGACCGUGAAACUAACUAAGACGGACGAGAAGACAAUUCGAACAAUUCUUGCCAGCUACAAGCUACACAACUGUGACGUUAUGAUUCGUGAGGACAUCACGACAGACGAGUUUAUCGACGUGCUGAUCGGAACACGGAAAUACAUUCCCUGUCUAUAUGUUUACAACAAGAUCGACGCAAUCAGUCUGGAACAGCUCGAUAAACUAGCUCACGACGAUCAUACCGUCGUCAUCAGCUGUGAGAUGGGCCUCAACCUGGAAUAUCUCAUCGAACGCAUCUGGGACGACCUCGACCUCGUCAGAGUCUAUACGAAGAAACGAGGAGCGCAUCCGGAUCUCGACGACCCGGUAUGUAUGCGGAAGGGAUCAACGAUCGAGGAUGUGUGUAAUGGGAUCCAUAGGUCGCUGGUCCCAAAUUUCCGGUAUGCUAUCGUUUGGGGCAAGUCAUCGAAAUUCUCGCCACACGGACAGAAAGUCGGAAUGGCCCAUCUGGUGCAGGACGAAGAUGUUGUUUCCAUAUUCACGAAGUAGAUGUCGCUAUGUCGUCCCUAUCGACUCGAAGUUGUUUUGAAAGAGAUGUUCAAGUUUGUAGCUGUAUGUACUUGUUGUAUACUUUCGCACGCGAUUCAAAACAUGCUCGCUUUC